AUGCAUUUGAUGUACACUUUGGGCCCUGACGGCAAGCGUAUCUACACCUUGAAGAAGACCACUGAGGAUGGCGAGAUCACCAAGUCUGCGCACCCAGCAAGAUUUUCUCCAGACGACAAGUACUCCAGACAGAGAGUAACACUCAAGAAGAGAUACAACAUGAUUCCAGGCCAGGAAUAA